GUAAUUCUACGCGGUUUUUUUUUAACUCCAAGAAUUCACCAACAAAAAUGCCUUCUCUUUAUCCACGCGCGACACUUAAAAGGAUCAUUAAGUCCCACCAAUCUAAAGCUUUAAGCAAGAAUGUGGAUGUAUUAAUAUAUCUUCAUUGCGUGUUAUUCCUUCAAAAGUUAGCAAAAGAAUCUAAUUCCGAAGCAGAAACCGACAAAGCAAAGGUAGUUGAGAAGAAACAUGUCAAAGUUGCUUUAGAGAAAGUUUUACAAGAUUUUCAAGGAUAAUUUUUUUAAAAUGCCAGGAACCUAUUUUCUAAUCUUGAAAUUAUAUUUGUUAAGAAAAAUUGGAUAACAAAUGUUUAGCUCAACAAUAACGAAUUUAUGCGA